AUGACGGAGAGCGGCGGGGCUCUGGAGCGCCUGAGGAGGUGUUGCUUCUCCUGCCCUUCACCACACUGUCAGCUCUGGUCUACGUCUUGCCGUGCUCGAGACAAAGCCAUGACGGCCUUCAAGGGUAUCUGGACUCAGGAGUUCUGGCGCUGCGUGGGGGCUGAGUUCUUUGCCAUGCUGCUCUUCGUCCUGCUGAGCCUCGGCUCAACCAUCAACUGGGGGGCCAUUGAGGAGGAUCCCCGUCCGCCUGACCUGCUGCUCAUCUCACUCUGCUUUGGCCUGAGCAUCGCCACCAUGGUGCAGUGCUUCGGCCACAUCAGUGGUGCUCAUAUCAACCCGGCAGUCACAGCGGCCAUGGUGGUGACCAGGAAGCUCAGUCUGGCUAAAGCGGUCUUCUACCUGCUGGCCCAAUGUGCAGGAGCCAUAGCGGGGGCCGCCAUUCUGUUCGGGGUCACCCCAGCCUCUGUUAGGGGUGGCAUCGGGGUCACCAUGGUAAAUUCAAACAUCUCAGUGGGAAACGCUCUGGUUGUCGAGCUCUUCAUCACCUUUCAGCUGGUCUUCACUGUAUUUGCUACCUGUGACCACAAACGCACUGACCUGAAGGGUUCAUCUGCUUUGGCUAUUGGCCUGUCUGUGUGUGCUGGUCACCUGUUUGCUAUUCCCUACACUGGAGCCAGUAUGAACCCUGCCCGAUCCUUUGGCCCAGCCAUGGUCACAUGGAGCUGGGAAAACCACUGGGUGUACUGGGUGGGUCCAUUGCUGGGUGGGGCUCUGGCUGCAGCCCUCUAUGAAUACCUGUUCUGUCCAGACUCAGAGAUGAAGAAACGUUACUCUGAGGCCUUCAUCAAGACACCAUUCACUUCUGCUAAACACCGACAGGACUCAGUGACAGCCCAGGAGCCUCUCUUCACUGUCAUGGAUGUGGAGAGAGCUGAGAGGAAGGACAGAGAGAGGGAGGUAUCGGAGGAGGUGUUGUCAUCUGUAUGA